UCUGUAAGUGAACUAUGAUAAAUGUAACACAUGUAAUUCAAGUCUGUUUGAAUAUGAACACUGGAAAUGAUUAGGGCCGUUUCUGUAGCACUCUGUGUGUACUGGCAAUUUUUCUAGCUGAUUGACGAAUGAAUGACGUUAACAUUUCCAGACCAACAUGGCGGCGCUGUUCUCUAUCGGAGUGGACGUGGGCGGCACGAACACGGACGCAGUGGUUCUACAGGGGGACCGGGUGGUCAGCUGGAGCAAGCAGGUCACCACUCCGGACGUGACCACCGGCGUGGCGAGGGCCGUCAGGGCGGUACUGGCCCAGGUCAAGGACAAGAACCUGCAAGGCACCAUCACCCGGGUGAACAUCGGCACCACCCAUUUUGUGAAUGCGCUGGUGCAGCGGAGGGAUCUGGUCCCCGUGUCGGUGGUUCGGCUCUGCGGCACGGCGUCUCGCGCACUGCCGCCCUUCUGCGACUUCCCACAGGACCUCAAGAAGAGCACAGGACUGUGCGAUGUACAGAAACUAGGCGGAGAAGAACAAGGGGCUAGUCUCUGGCCUAAGCACUUUGGCACUGCCGCCCUGCCCCCUCCCCCUGCCUCCCCGGCCGGCCACCUCCCCACCCUCCAGGAGACGGAGCCCCAGAUCCACCCUGAGACGGGGGAGUGGGUGCUGAGCCCCUGGGACGUGGAAUGUCUGGCCGUGGGUGCCGGGAUCCUGGGGUGUGGUGGUGGAGGAAGCCCAGAGCUCGGCAGACAGCAGGCACUGCGUGCACUGGAACAGGGAAGGAAAAUCCGAGUCAUCGCACCUGAGAGACUUGACAUGACCCCAGCCCUGACUGGUACCGUGGCGACCGUAGCCUUUAUGGGUGCUCCCACCAUCCAGCUGGAGAAACUGUGCAGCGGGACCGAGACGCGGGACGCGCUGCGGUGUGUGCAGGACUUGUACGCUGCCGGGUACAACAACGGACAACUGUCUAAUAAAGAUGGCCUGGAAGUGAAGCGAGGUGACGGUGUGACGUACCUGGAUGACUACCGGCCUGCACAGACGGACACACAGACGGAUGCAGACCAGGGGGUCAGGGUUGUCGCGGUGAUGAGUGCCGAGAUCGGAGGGCUGAACUCCAUGGAGCCGCUGGUGGUGGGGGCGGCGCUGGACCUCCCCGUGGUGGACGCUGAUGGGAUGGGGAGGGCGUUUCCCGAGCUGCAGAUGUUUGGUCCAUUCAUCUGCGGCGUUGACCCUUGCCCUGCUGCUCUAUCUGACGACAAAGGUCAAAGGGCAGCCGUGCUACAAGUCGACUCUGCCAAACAUCUCGAAAACCACUUCAGGACCGUUUGUGUCAACAUGGGCUGCAGUGCAGGGGUAGCUUUCGCGCCGCUCACCGCCGCCCAGGUCCGGUCCUCAUGCAUCCAGUACUCCCUCAGCCGCGCCUGGCGCCUGGGCCACGCCGUUUUACACGCCUACAAGAACGGCAUAUCGCCCAUUCAAGCUGUACUGCAGCAGGAGAACGGCAGACUUCUGGCCACGGGAAAGCCGCUGGACGUACUGUAG